AUGCCCCGGGUGACGUCAUCGCCCCGUCACCUAGCAACCAGCAGCCGCCUCCCGCCCCCUCGGAUCCCGCAGCUGAGGAUGGAGGCCCAGGCCCCGCCGGCUCCGGUCCCCUCCGCCACGGAUGAGACUGAUGAAAUCCUAAGGAGGAUUCGGGGCCAAAAAGGGGUUAUCGGAAUUCUAAUUGUGGACCGCUACGGCAUUCCAUUGGAAACAACCCUAUGUAGCUAUUCAUCGGUUGAGUAUGCAGGGUACCUUCAGCUGCUCACACGGACGGCGCAAAGCACAGUGAGAGAGAUCGAUCCCGAGGAUGCCCUGACUUUUCUUAGACUUAGAACCGAGAAAUACGAAAUCAUAGUGAGCCCAGAUAGGGGAAAGCUUCUAGUUGUUUUGCAGGAGCUAAACGAAUAGACCUUCUGCUGGAUUAGAUCUUACACGCAUGAAACCGUACUUUGAAAAAUGCUCAAUUUUUCAUUGUUCCUUCCUGAAUUUACCAAUAUAUUCAGCCUGUCUUCAUCAAAACUGUUUCUAGCACAGUUUCUUAGUUUUUGUUUAGCAUUGUAUUUUCAAAGCACGGUCCGUCAAAGUAUAAUGCCUACGUCAAGAUCCGACGUGAAUCACCACGCUCAAUGUUUAACAUAAUAAAAAUGAAUUUGUGAAACCUGC